UCGUAGAAUAAUUCUACAGUCAGCUGCUUAUACAAAGCGAACGAAAGCUUCAAUAUCCCAUCGCUCCGUUACUCGACAACAUCUCGUAGGACGUCGUCGAGUGCAGCACUAUGUCUGCAACGAUGGGUAACUAAUAAUACCGUGAGGUAUUUGACGACUCCUUAUAUACUCAUCAAGUGUGACAGGUUGUAACAUGUUACUACACUGUGACGUUGUCACGCUUCUGUGUUAUCCAUCCUCAAGCUCAACGACCUCGACACGGCGGAAGAUUUUUAGACGGUAAAAUGGGCUCAACAAGACUCUACUGCAAGGGACGCGUCCUCGGCCACAAACGCGCUAAACGCAACACCCGCCCCAACACCUCCCUCAUCCAAAUCGAGGGUGUCGCAACAAAGGAGGAUGCCCAGUUCUAUCUCGGCAAGCGUGUAGCAUACGUCUACAAAGCCAAGAGGGAGAUCCAGGGCUCGAAGAUCCGUGUGAUUUGGGGCCGUGUCACCCGUCCGCAUGGUAACUCUGGCGUCGUCAAAUCAAAAUUCAGAUCCAACCUUCCUCCGCGCGCAUUCGGUGAAAGCGUCCGUGUUAUGCUGUACCCCUCGACGGUUUGAUUGUACCUCCCUCUUACCUGCUUCGCAUUCUACGUAUUCAUAUUGCGUAUGUCAUGUCAUAUGAACCGCAUGCACCCUUAUAAAACGCAUACAAAGACC